AUGUACCACACUUCUGCAUGCAAUUGCGUUUCAAACCAGAACAACCACAUCAAGCUCGAGAUCUUCAUAUCCCCUUGCUCCGCUCAUUCGCCACAUCCAAUUGGAUACGCUCCAAACCCUAUAUACUUCGAUAAGAACCCCAUGGGACCUGCCCAGGUGGUGAACAUGACUUCAAACAUGACACCAACCAUUGAUAUAACCGACCAUUCAACACCAAUGUCCAAAUCAACAUCCCACCCAACUUCCACCAUCGACCUCCCCUCCCAAUGGCGCGCCUGGCAAGCCCUCUCAAUAAUCUACACAGUCCAACUAAACCACCAAAUCCGACGACGCUGGCUCCUCGAACAAACAUCCAUGAAAGACAAGCCAGUAUCAGAACGUUUCCGACCAGUCAUCUUCCUCGAGACAGUGCCAACCCUUACAAAACCACCUACCAAUCUAGAUCAAGAAAUCAACACACUACGCACCACUGCAUCACUCCUCCGAGCACGGGUUGAAAAGGGAAAAGAGCUAGCAUCUGAAAUUGAACGACGGAUGCUUGAGCCACGAAUCAAUUAUCCGACUCAUUUCUGCCAUACAUGCGUCGAGGACGGGGAGAGGGUUGAAGUUCUACUUACUAAAUGUGGGCAUCGGGUUUGUAGGACUUGUUUGGAGUUUGGGAUUGAUGGGGGUGUUUAUGAAUGUAGUAUUUGUUUUCGGGAGGUGGAUUUUGUGGCGAGGAGUCCGUAUAGUCGGAGUCCUGGGUCCAGUCCGUGGAAUUGUUCGGACCGUGUGCUGGGGAGGGAUAGGAAGGCUCCAGCUGCUUCUAGGGGGGUGAGGUUUUGUUCACCGAUCCUUUAG